UAGAGCACCUGGAAUCUUCCACGAGGUUUUCGGUAAGAACCAAAUUUGGGGCUUUGAGACGCAGGAUUUACUUUUCUAUCACAAUUCUUGUGCCUUUCCCAGCCAUUUGUCUUUCCCUCGACCAAAUUGGUUUGGUUGGCAUUGUAAUUGAUUUUAUUUGUGAAGAUCUGAGUGAGGGAUUAGGCAAAUGACGAGUGGUUUUGGGGAAUCAACGAGAGCGUCUGCUCCGAGCCCGUCAUGCUCGGGUAACAGUUCUAACGAUGCUGGUGAUUUCGAGUGCAACAUAUGCUUCGAUUUGGCGCAAGAGCCCGUGAUCACACUCUGUGGUCACCUAUUCUGUUGGCCAUGCCUUUAUAGGUGGCUCCAUCAUCAUUCCCAUUCUCAGGAGUGCCCUGUUUGCAAGGCCCUUGUGCAGGAGGAGAAAUUGGUGCCUCUUUAUGGAAGGGGCAAAACACAGACUGAUCCCAGGACCAAAUCAUAUCCUGGAAUGGAGAUCCCUCACCGUCCUUCGGGGCAGAGGCCGCAAACUGCGCCGCCCCCACCUCCUCCUGAGAAUAACCCUUUUGGGAGUUAUGGGUUUGGACUCAUGGGAGGGUUCAUUCCCAUGGCAACUGCCAGAUUUGGGAACUUCACACUUUCCACCGCCUUUGCUGGGUUUAUCCCAUCACUGCUCAACAUUCAUUUCCAUGGCUUUCAGGAUGCCACUGUCUAUGGGACAACUUCUGGUUAUCCCUUUGGGUUUAAUAGCUUUCACGGAGGGGGCGCGCGGGGGUAUCAUCAGGCAACUGGGGGCCAAGUGCAGCGGCAGGAAGACANUCAUAGAGUUUGCUGGGAAGUCUAA